UUCCGGACAACGCCUGGUUCCUCUCGGCUCCUUCCGGCGUUGCCAGAGUGAAUUGAUCCGGGAGUUGAAGAGGCUCCGGAGGUGGGAAGUGGAGUCAGCUCCGGAGCCGCCGCUGCCGCCGCUACCUCUGAGGGAACGGCUGCCCUGCCGACCUCGGCCUCGCGGCGCCCCGGCGGGCCAGGGUCAGCAUAUUUUAAUCAUCUGUUCCUGAUACAAAAGAAAAGGAAGAAAUACUGCAGUGAAUGAAGAGUCCUCUACUUUUUAGCACUGUUUUUCUGCUGUAGUUGGUCUUUGAAUGAGGAUGACAAUGGAAGAGAUGAAGAAUGAAGCUGAGACCACUUCUAUGGUUUCUAUGCCACUCUAUGCAGUAAUGUACCCUGUGUUUAAUGAGCUAGAACGAGUAAAUCUGUCUGCAGCUCAGACACUGAGAGCAGCUUUUAUCAAGGCUGAAAAAGAAAACCCAGGUCUCACCCAGGACAUCAUUAUGAAAAUUCUGGAGAAAAAAAGUGUAGAAGUUAACUUUACAGAGUCCCUUCUUCGUAUGGCAGCUGAUGAUGUAGAAGAGUAUAUGAUUGAGAGACCAGAGCCUGAAUUCCAGGACUUGAAUGAAAAGGCACGAGCACUUAAACAGAUUCUCAGUAAGAUUCCUGAUGAGAUCAAUGACCGAGUAAGAUUCCUUCAGACAAUCAAGGAUAUUGCCAGUGCAAUAAAAGAACUUCUUGACACAGUGAACAACGUCUUCAAAAAAUAUCAGUACCAGAACCGCCGGGCACUUGAACACCAAAAGAAAGAAUUUGUAAAAUACUCCAAGAGCUUCAGUGACACUCUGAAAACCUAUUUUAAAGAUGGAAAGGCAAUAAAUGUGUUCAUAAGUGCCAACCGACUAAUUCAUCAAACCAACUUGAUACUUCAGACCUUCAAGACUGUGGCCUGAAAAUUGUAUUAUGUUAAGAGCUGUAUGUUUCAGUGGUGGUGUUAAACUGCUGCCUUUACCUGUAAAUUUUAAAGUUUGACUGUAUAAAUUAUCAGUCCCUCCUGAAGGGACCUAAUCCAGGAUGUUGAAUGGGAUUAUUGCCAUCUUACACCAUAUUUUUGUAAAACGUAGCUUAAUCAUAAUCUUACACUGAAGAUUUUGCAUCACUUUUGCUAUUAUCAUUCUUUUAAGAAUUAUAAGCCAAAAGAAUUUACGCCUUAAUGUGUCAUUAUGUAACAUUCCUUAAAAGAAUUGUAAAUAUUGGUGUUUGUUUCUGACAUUUUAACUUGAAAGCGAUAUGCUGCAAGAUAAUGUAUUUAACAAUAUUUGGUGGCAAAUAUUCAAUAAAUAGUUUACAUCUGUUAAA